UCUUGUUUAUAUACAUACUAGAUAUACACAUAUACAUACAAAUUAUACAAAUGGUAUCUUCACUAUCUGAGUAUGUAAAAGGAAAAGCUGGUAAUAAGCUGGAUAACGAAGAUCAAGGGGACAAAGAAGAAGAAAUGUUCUCUACUUCAUAUUGGUUUGGAGAUAAAAAUGUGGAACAGGUUCAAGAGGAUCCUUGGCUUCCAAGCAUGAGCAAAACUCAAAGAAUUGUUGGCUUUUUUUUGUGUCUACUUCUUGGACUGUUUUGUUUUGUGGUGGCUGGCCUGUGUGCACCCUUACUUGUUUUAAAGGCAAGAAAAUUUGUGAUUUUGUAUACAAUGGGAAGUAUAUUCACCAUAGGCAGUUUUGCACUGCUUUGGGGACCUUAUAAUCAUCUUAAACAUAUUUUUUCGUACCAACGGUUACCAUUUACGCUAGCUUAUUUUGGAUCACUGUCAGCUACUUUAUAUUGUGCUAUGGUGGUAAAAAGCACGCCAAUCACAUUGAUAUUUGCAACUUUACAAAUGGUAGCGUUAGCUUGGUAUAUAUGCAGUUACAUUCCUGGUGGUACGACAGGCUUGAAGUUCUUCUCAAAGUUAUUCGCGUCUGCAUGUAGCAAAACUGUGUCGAAAGCUUUACCCAUCUGAUCACAUUGCUUUUCUUGAUCCAACUAUUGAUUGAUGGAAGCUGUUUUCUGAUUGAUGGAGAGCUAUAUCGUAAUUGGUGGGAAGAUCAGCUUCGAUCGUUUUACUUGGCAUAACAUCGAGGCAAACGGAUGUAAAAAAGGGGAUGAUACUGUAGUGGCGCCCAAGCCAUUGUUGUUUGGAUAAGCAUAGGCAUGGCUAGAUAGCUAGAUAGCCAGAUGGACAGGUAUUCAACCCUGACCUAUAUAUAACGUAUUUGAAAUUUAUAUAUGCUAUUUUAAUUUACUUUAAUUGUACAUUGGUAUUCCAAUUAAUUUAUACUAAUCUGCAGGGUGAAUUUUUUUUGAUGCAGUUCAGGCAUACAUUGAUCAACAUAAAGCAGUUCAGGCAUACAUUGAUCAACUUAGGCAUAUGUUUCGUUAGACAGACGCUCAUUAUUAGUGUUUUUGUACUUCCUGGUUCCGUAUUUGAGUAAAAAUUUGAGUAAAAAUGCUAGUAACAUUUACUAGCUCCAUUUUUUUACAUAAUUAGGAAGAAUAUUGUAUUUUAUACUAUAUAAAAUAUAUUUUUCAGUUUA